AUGCAGGCGCCGGAGACAAGAACAAGAGCUGACCCUACAUUUGCGCCGGUGUAUACAAAUUUAAAUUAUUUUCUGAUCAUGGACAACACAUCAGAAAAUGAGAUCCAGCUUCACGGAGACGAAGAAAUUAUUGAAGUGAUAGAUCUGGAUGAGUCGGAGCCUGGUCCUGAGGAUCUGGCGGAUGUGCUGGACGAUGUAGACAUUGAGGAAGACGCGGGGAACGCGGAGGAUGAAGGCUGGGAGACUGAGGACGAGAUGGAGGCGGAUCAGGAUGACAGCGAGUUCACCUUUUCCAGUCAUAAAGGGUCUGUAUUUUGCGUGAGCUUGGACCCCGUCACUAACACCCUGGCUGUGACGGGCGGAGAAGAUGACAAGGCCUAUGUUUGGAGACUGAGUGAUGGAGAGGUCCUGUUUGAAUGCACAGGUCAUAAAGACUCGGUGACCUGCGCCCUCUUCAGCCACGACUCGUCUCUGGUCGCCACGGGAGACAUGAGUGGGAUGAUCAAAGUCUGGAAAGUGGAAAACAAAGAGGAGAUCUGGUCAUUUGAAGUCGGGGAUCUGGAGCCUGAGCCUGAGGGCGCUCACUCUUUUGCCACUCCUGCGGGAAGCAGCAGUCUCUUUGGGUCCGUGGAGUUGUGCUGGUGGGGAGCCUCACACAGUGGUUGGUGGCCCUGUUGGCACGUAUGUGGGCUUGUGCGGCGUGAGCGCUGCCCUGGGAAACGCCUUCUGCUCGUUUUGACGUUACUUGUGGUUGGUGCUAAAUUACGCACAGCGGAGGUUGAGAGCGCGCCUCCGUUCGGGGUCUGGGGGACCGGUGCUUUCUCUGAUUGCGGGACCGAGCUGCACCUCCCGCGGCAGUUUGGAGACUGCCAAUCAUCACAAGUACGCAAAUUCUGA